AUGGCCACAUCCGGCCUUGUCACUGAAUUCGUCACCCUCCCGCUGAGGCACGACGUCUCCGCCCACCUCGCGAAGACCGUGCUUUUCAAAACGGCUGCGGCGCUCCUCGCCCAACCGGGCUGUCUGCGAGUGCGGCAGUCGCGCGACCUCGACGCCUCCCCCGCCUCGACGUCGCCGCGUCUCGUGCGCAUUUCCGUCGACUGGGCGUCGCUGGCGGCCCACCGCGCCUUCGCCGGCGGGAACCCCGCCUUCGCGGACUUCCGGCGCGAGCUCAGCGCCAUCGUCGACGGCGCGCCCCCCACGCCGUACCACGUCGAGUGGGCGCUCGCCGACGGGGACGGAUACGCGCUCGGGGUGCUCGACGGGAGGGUGGUGCAAGCGGGGCAGGCGAAGGGGGAGGAGGACGACGACGAAGAAGCGGAAGGCAAAGACGACGUCGACGGCGCACACGUCACCGAGAUCCUGCACGCGUACUUCCCGCCCGACGUUGCGGCGCCGCAGCGCGCCGCCGCCCAGGCCCGCGCCCGCGCCUUCCUCGACGAGGUGCCGCGGUUCGCCGGCGACCUCGCCGGCGGCGGCGCCGCGGUCCUCGGGUGGACCGUCCCGGGCGACGAGGCGGCCGUCGCGCCCGAGGGCGGCGCGGAACCGCCAGGCGGCGACGGCGGCAACCGCGCGCUCGUCCUGGCCAUCGGCUGGCGCAGCGUCGACGCCCACCUGCGCGCGCGCGACACCGACGGCUUCCGCGGCGCCAUCGGCCUGCUGCGCGGCAUGGAGGGCCUGCGCGGCAUGAAGGUCUGGCACGUGAGGAACACGGCGAUCGUCGCGAGUCUGUGA